GUCUUCAUCUUCCUGCUCCAAACUUCACCUGCAAUAUUCAAAGCUAUACUGUCGUCUUCUUGAUCUGCAGUGAAAUUUAUUUCCAGUACAUGAAUUUAAUCUCCAGGGGCGUUUGUAUGCAGUAUUUUCAGACAGAAAUGGAGUUAGGGAGAUCUGACCAGGAGAAUAAUUGGCAGCAGGGUCAGCAACAGCCGCCGGCGCCGCCGAGGCGGGUCAGGUCGUCGGAGAUCGCCGCGGCGAACAACCAGCAGCACCACCAACCGCCGCCGCCGCAGAAGUGCCCUCGCUGCGAUUCUUCCAACACCAAGUUCUGCUACUACAAUAAUUACAGCCUGUCGCAGCCGCGUUACUUUUGUAAGGGCUGCCGGAGGUACUGGACCCACGGCGGAACCCUAAGGAACGUCCCCGUCGGCGGCGGCUGCCGGAAGACUAAGCGGCCGAAGCAAUCGGUCGCGUCGGCGCCCUCAUCCGGCGGCGAGAUUGCAACGACUCAGGCUGCGCUAUCACCGCCGUCGAUUCCCAGCGUGCUGAAUCUGACGGCUGGGAUCGGUUCUGGUCAAUCGGUGAUUAGAUCUUUGCCGCCUGUCAUCCCGCCGGCGAUCGGCAACUCUUUCUACGCCGGCGGUGGGGUUCUGUCUUCUCUCGGAACCUUACAAUCAUUACCUGCGGGCCUCAUGACUCCUUCGCCGGCGAUUAAUUUCUCCAUCUCCGGCGCCGCCCAAUAUGGCGCAAACAUGUCCCUUCUGCAAGGGCUUAACCUUCCGGCGACUCUGAAACAGCCGGCGCCUCUCCAAUUCCCAACUCAGAACGACUUCUUCCCAACUCAACAAAGCUUCAAUUUUCCGGCAAGGCCGCAAUCAUGGACACAAGGAUUCAUCCCCAGAGACUUUGCCGGCGGAAGCAGCGGGGCCGCACCGUCAAGCACAAGCGGCGAAGGGGGCGGCGGCUUCUGGGGAGGCUCCACCACCGACGGCGACACUCAGGCGGGACCUUCCUUCGCUGACAACCACCGCUGGCCGGAUAAGACCACCGGAUUCAAUCCGUCUGAAUAG